CGGCGGAAAGGGGAAAAACCGUUCUGUAAAAAAGCAAGAGCGACACCGCUUGAAUAAAGAAACUCACCGGCAGAGGAGCCUACAUCUGCUAUAAACCCUGACAGCUUCUGUGAGCGUUCAGCCUGUGAUCGAGCAGACUCUGCGUUUUUCAGCCUGAUUGUGUUACAGAGCGUAAACGCAGAUGGACAAUAAAAGCCCUGAGGAAAAACCUGUCCAGCGUUCAAAGUCCUUCAGCUUUAACGCUAACAAGGAAGUCUGCACAUCAUGUCAAAAGACAGUUUACCCAAUGGAGAGAUUGGUUGCCAAUAGCCAGGUCUUCCAUACGUCAUGCUUCUGCUGCAAACACUGCAACACCAAACUCAGUCUUGGCUCCUUUGCGGGCAUACAAGGGGAAUUCUACUGCAAACCCCACUUCAAACAGCUGUUCAAAAGCAAAGGCAACUACGACGAGGGCUUUGGACGCAAACAGCACAAAGAGCUCUGGUCCGCUAAGGACUCAGAUAACGUCACAAAGACGGCAUAAUCACGUCCCGUGUCCCUUUCCAGCUCCCUGCCUCCUCCCUACUAACACCUCCAAUAUGACAAAUGAACAGAUGCCUCGUACGCACAGGCUCUGUUUAAUUACCCACACACUCACUCACUCACUCACUCACUCGCUCGCUCGCUCACUUUUUAAAUGCCAUCAGAACAGAUGCAUGCACAAAGAGCUAAGAAAGACUGAUGAGUCUGAAUCCAUUCCUUUUUCCUAUCUUUCACUUUAAGAUCAGUUCCGGGAUUGUUUUUAUCGGCAUCUUUACUCUCCAAAUUUUCUUUUCCUGUUUCGCUGCCGAAAUUAGUUGUUGAUUGCGACCAAAAUGCUUUCCAAAGUAGGGAAUAAAAAUAUAAUGCAUAUAGGAUUCUUUAACUUUACAGUGUGCUCAGGCAAACACAUUAGAGGCCAUUGAGGUGCAUUCCUGUUUUGCAGCAGAGCAUACACUCAGGUCAAUUCUCGCCCAAGGAUUUAAAGUAAAAAAACAACAACACCUUUUUUUCCCUUUUUUUAAAAAGAAAAAACAAAUAAAUAUAACUGUCCUCAAUGUUGUGACGUCUCUGUCAGACACUGUUUUAUCAGGGUGUCAGGUUAUAUAUAUAUAUUGAGGAACAAACAGGGUAAACAGUACUGUAACAUAACUGCACACAUCAGCAACAGCUCACCUCUCUACCUUCACCAUAGUUUUACUAUUCCUCACCUGUUUCUUCCUCAAAACACACUGGGUCUUAUCGCUGCACGUCUGAGUCUCAACAGCCUUAUCUUAUGACUGUCUUACCAGUUGUGAAUGAUUUUUAUUUGUCAAAUCCCCCUUUUUUUUUAAAGCACUUGCGAUGGAUUGGUUUGAUGUCAUGGCAUACGUUGGUUCUCUCUGAGCUUUUAUGGUUGUGAUUUUAAUGGGAUUUCUAAGCUAUGCUUUCAGUACAAAAAGCUGUUCCAUGGAAUCGUGAACACACAACCACAUCCAAGUACAGUAGCUGAUGAUCUCAAGACAAACAGGCCUUGUUCUUUGAUACCCUUUACUACAUUUUAUGAGGCGUUUUUACACUGAAUGAAUUUAAUCAUGUUGUAGGUCUGUGCCAUAAAUUAAGACGAUUGUGGGCAGAGAUUUAUUUCCCCAGGAAACGACACCUUUCUGUUCUCGUAUUACUUCACAUUUUAAAGCCUCUGCCAUUGUCUUUGUUGGAAUUAAGUACGCUCUAACAACUGAACAGCAGCUGAAAGUAACAGGAUCAUCGAGGGUGUGUUUAGACUUCUGCUUUUGCCCCACUAGUGUCUGCUAAAAAUGAACCACUGCUAUCAUUCCCACCUUGUUCAUGUACUUCUCACUGCUGUGGUAACAUGUUAGCAAUGAUGCUAUUAAUCUGAGUGAAGAGUGCCCUCUGCUGGGGAAAGUGUAGAAUGACAUUAGAGGAAGAUGGAAACAAGUCCCAAAAGAAGAGCCUUUUAGUAUAGCAUUUAUUUGUUUUAAUAUUUUAUUCCUAAGUUUCCUCAGGUGGCGGUGCAGCUGCUGCAUCUGACACGUUGAAUUAUAGGUAUCUACAUCGUUUUUUUCAAAAUGUCCUCAACCUUGUUUUAUUCCGCGCUAAGAAUCUAGUCUAAAGCCAUUUUAUUGUCUGAUUUAGGAUUUGUGAAUACCACUGAGACUUGACUGACACUUGAAUGGAUAUUUGGUGACUAAAGGUUUACUGUCAAUUUAAGAGUGCUGUGCAGAACAGAAAUCUAAACUUAACAUAUGGGUUUUUCCUACUUUUUUUAAGCAUUAAAGCCUUAGGAAUAAAGAGUUGACCUUAUCACCUUUGGAAAUUAAGUUGACAUAGAUUUCAACUGAGAAAUCUGAUCACUCUUUUCCUCUUUAAUCCCAUUGUUUAACUAAGACUCAUUUUACACUCAGCCAUUCCCUCCCUCUAAACCAUGUCAAAAACUCUGCUGUAUUUGUAAAAAUGGUAACUAUGAACCCCUGAGAAUGCUUUAAUAUUAAGUGUCACUAACCGUUUUACAUCAUUCUCAUCAUUAUAGAUUUGCCAAGGUACCGCUGCAGAAAUCUGUGAAUCGCAAUUUUUAUGUGUAACGAAGGAGGAAGGUUAACCUUACACUGGUGACAAGAGGCUCAGGUUAAUGAUUGCAGUGUCACAUUUUUAUGUUGAAUCUGUGAGUCAUUUCAGUUUAUCUUUGUGCUGAACUUGAUGUGGUCUUCUUGAUGUCGUUAAACCAUCAACUCCUUUUAGAUGGAUGCAUCAUUUAAUAUGUAUUACUGUAUGUCAAACUUGUGGAUUGAGGUGGCCUUACAGCAAAAUGACUCUCCUGGGUUUAAAUGACUGGGAUUACAGUCUUUGGUUUUUAACUUUCUUUUUCUUAUAUGUGGCAUGUGGAACAUUUUAAAUGUAAGCGCCACCUUUCUGCGCCAAUGUACACAAUCUUUUUGUGCGUUCUUUUGUUAUUUUUACAUGCAUUUGGAGAAAAAUAAAAUGCUGGUGUUGAUUUAA